ACGCACUCACACACAAACACAAGCCAUCAACUACGACUGGCUCUGCUCCGUUCGUACAAUACAGCAGUCAUCAAUCAUAUUUGAUAUUCAAUACGCUACGAUGGUGGCGGUUGUGUGAGUGCGUUGUGUCAAAGCAGCAGCACUAGCAGCACUAGACAACAGUAACACAUAUUAUUUACUUUGUUGAUACAUUUCAUACGUACUGAAAUUGAUCUCGCUCACACAGUGAAUUUUAACGACAGAAAAUGACGUCAAUUCAUUUGUUAUUUUUCAUUUAAUUUUAUUCUCGGCAUUCGGUUUCAUUUCACACUGGAAGUAUCAAUGUGUACAACAGGCCAAUCAACACAUUUGACAAAAGGCGCGACAAAACAAGAGAGAGAGAGAGAAAAAAAAAUUACACGAAGAAAUCAACUAAACGCAUUUGAAGGACAGCAAAGUGAAGAGAAAAAAAACUAAUAAGUUUCACAGGAGUAAUUGGUUGUGUAUGAAAUUGUGUGUGUUUUAAUUUGUGUUUCUCAAUUGUUUGAAAAAUUUUUCUCGUUUUGCCGUGCAAAAACGGUGGAAAAAUCACACACAAUAAGUGACACACAGUGUGUGUAUUCGUAUGUUGAAUGGCGUCAAAAGUGAAUCAAAGCAUUUCAAUCAACAGUGUGAUGACGAUUCAAUUGCACUCCAACUAUCAAAUGAAUGUGUACAUUUCUUGAAAAUCGAAAAUAAAUAAACAACAUCGCAAAGCUCUUGAUACAUAUGUAAAAUUCACAAUUCAUUCCAUUUUCCCCCCAUGUAAAAACAGAGGAUAGAGGAGAUUUUUUGUUUCUUCUGUGUUUUUUUUUUGGUUCAGUGUAUUGUGUGUGUGGUGAUCCGACAAAAGUGAUUUUUGCGUUGAAUAAUAAUUUUUGAAAAACCUCAACAAAAGGCACAUAUAAUCGAAUCAAAUUGAAGGAGAAGACGAAAACACACACACACUCUGAUUUCGAAUUAUUUUAGCGGUAGAAAGUGAAAACUCGACUGUGGCUAAUGAUAAUUACGGCACGGAUUUUCAGUAUAAAUUCAUUGUGAUCGGUUUUGGUGAGUGUAUGUCGUUUCGAUUUUUAUGUGUUAUUGUUAUUGCUGCUGCUGCUGUUGAGGAGCAAUUUAUACGUCACAACGACCGAUCGCCCAUUCAGUUGGUUGGUUGGUCGCGAGAAAAUCGCGCUUGACUUACGGAAAACAACAACACCGUACACACAGACAGAGAAAUACAAUGGAUCCGUCAAGAUCACAGAAUCGUGGCAGUAACUAUUUACCUGGUCCGGCUAUCAAUCCAAUAAUAAAUGACGGCGAUGAACCACUGCCCAGCUUAUCCGAUUGGCAUGAUCAUGAGCCGAAUUUGGAGUUCGAUGACACUGAACUGACCCAUCCAGCCACAACGAACGCCGACACAUAUGACUUAGAUAAUGAUGAUUUCAACACGGAAGAAUUGGAAGAGGCGGUCGCCGACAUUCAAGAUACACUCGGGGCUGACAAUUAUGAAGAUCAAUUACCACAGCCUGAGGCGGAUGAGCUGACAGCCUCGUUGAAUUACUCAAAAUUGAAGUUUAUCGAUUAUUUCGGCACCGACAAACAGGGUCAACACAUAUUCGCCAUUUAUGCAUGCCGUCUGCCCGAGCGUCAAGAGCUUAACGGACACAUUUUUAUCGAGUUUAUUAUUACUCAAAUGAAACCAUAUGUGCACGACGACUACGUCAUUGUUUAUUUUCAUCAGGGAUUAAAAGAAGCCAAUAAGCCGUCAAUUCAAUUUUUGUGGAAUUCAUACCGUGAACUGGAUCGUAAUUUUCGGAAAAAUCUCAAGCGAUUGUAUGUGGUGCAUCCAACGUGGACCAUUAAAGUGGUGUGGAAUUUUUUCAAGCCAUUUAUUAGCGAAAAAUUCAAAAAUAAGCUCGUUUACAUUGCCAAUUUGGAUCAAUUAGCGCCAGCACUCGGUAUACCAAAUCUCAAGCUACCCGACAGCAUUCGAGAAUUCGAUGAUAAAUUCCGAACGGGAGGUAAAACGACAGCCAAUUCAACGGCCAGAAAUCAGAAUAUACCAAAAACCACUCAAUUCGGUGUUACGCUGAAAUUCAUCAAUGAAAAUAGUCCAUGCUUGAAUUAUAUUCCGCCCAUCGUGCGGAAAUGUGUUGAUUCGCUGUCCAUAACCGGUGUAAUCGAUACAGAGGGUUUAUUCCGACGAUCCGGCAUACAAAAUGUCAUCGAUGAUAUCAUUAAACGUGUCAAUGCUGGCGAAACGAUCGAUUUUAAAGACGUCGAUACGCACGCAAUUGCCGGACUGCUUAAGAAAUUUUUACGAGAACUUCAAGAACCGCUGCUCACGUUUGAGCUCUACGAUGAGAUUGUUAGUUUUCUAGAAUGGCCCAAAGAAGAGCGUUCACGCAAUGUAAAGCAAAUGUUGCGUGAAAAAUUGCCGGUGGAAAACUAUGAGCUGUUCAAGUAUUUGAUCGAAUUUCUGGUGAAGGUGGAAGAGUGCAAGGAUUUGAAUAAGAUGACCUCAUCGAAUUUGGCCAUUGUGUUUGGACCGAAUUUUGUGUGGGGCAAAGAGAACCAAAUGUCAAUGCAGGAAAUUGGACCAAUCAAUGCAUUCAUCGAUUUUAUACUUCAGAACCAUCGUGACAUCUACUUUGUUGAUAUCAAUAAAAAAGAGACCGUGCAAAUGGAUUAGCAAUGGUUUUAUGAAAAUGAUCAUCAAUCGAAAUAAUGUCCACACUAAAAGCACUCAAAACACAUACACAUCACAUCAACCGAAACGAGAAUUUUUUUUGAUAUAAAUAGAGAGAGAAAGAGAUAAAUCAGAACUUAGAUGAAAUAUAUAGGUGCGGGCACAAUUUGCCGCCAAUAUGAAAUAUCAACAAGCAAUUCCAAUGAGAAACAGUUCAGAUUAAUUACGUUUUGUUGUUAUUUUUCUACAGAUUUUUUUUUAAGAACGAAAUAGAUAAACACAUUUAAUACACAAUAUAUCAGGGCAAUACACUUUCGUUUUUUCCCUGUUGAUGAAACCGAAGAAGAAGAAGAAGAAGAAAAAAUUUAACAAAACAAAAACUAAAAACAAAGUCUAACAUUUAAGUGGGACAUUUUUUGUGAAAAAAUUCCCGUCAUCAAGUACCUAAUUGAAAACAUUUUCAUUUUUUUUAAAACAAAGAGAGAUGCAAAACUCAAUACUGAAACUAAAGAGAGAUAGAAAGAGCGGUAAUGCGAGAGUAGCGUUUAGUUAAAUGAUAAUGGAAUUUUAGAUGUAAAAUGACAUUUAAGAUAUAGAUGAAUUAUAUAUUAUAUGAAACUCACCAAAUGCAUAGAAAACGAUAGGAAAAGAAAAUUUGAUGAAAUUAACUGAUGAUACAAAUUGUUGCAAUUUGAUCGAUUUAAUGAAAUUGUAAUUCUACUACUCGAGAAUGAAACAACCGAAAAUGGAAGAAAGGAGGAAAGCGAGAGAUUAAUAACAUAUUUCACACCGCCACACACACACACACUGAGAAAAAAAAGCAGAAACCUUAAAAAUCAAUGUAUGAUAGCAAGAAAGUAGAUAAGAAGCAAUUAAAUUAUUAUUUUUUUUAUGUUUUAA